AUGGUGACCCCUCUGACCUCUGACCUCAGAGAUCAGCUGACCUAUCUGCCCCGCAGAGCAGAGGAUGAUGGGAAGGUUCGUCUGCACCCGCAGCAGAGAAGACGAGGAAGAGUCCGGCAGGAAGCAGCCAACACACAGGAGCUCAGAAAACCAGUUCAGACCACCUCAGACCAGUUCAGACCAGUACAGACCAAUACAGACCAUCGGACGAGUACAGACUACCUCAGAACAGUCCAGACCACUUCAGACCAGUACAGACCAUCAGACCCAGUAAAACCAGUGAGACUGACAGAUGUUGGAGAGUGGAAUGAAAUGAGCUCCCAGUGCUCCCAGUCUGAGCUCCCAGUAGCUGACUCUGCUCCAACAAAGCGCGCAGAAGUAGAAGCGUCUGUCCUGCGUGUGGUGUCGGUGUUUCUGUCUCCAAACUUUAUCAACCUUUCACCGAAACCGGAGCGGCCGAGUCUCCUCCGACACACCGACUCUCCUCCAGCAGACAGACGACACACCGCAGCCGAGCCCGAUCAAAUGUUUCUCCUGAGAUGCUCUGCCGCUCUGCAACCUCGUAUCUUCAGACUGCUUUCUUCUUUAACAACAAAAACUUGUAUCUCCAGACCCCUUUCUUCUUUACCCACUCUGACCCUGUUUACUAAGGAUCCAUGUCCUCUGUGUGAUGAAGCUAAAGAGGAGCUGGAACCGUUCAGACACCGGUUUGUCCUUGAGCAGGUGGACAUCAGUCUUCCAGAGAACAGCGUGUGGUUUGACAGGUACAGAUGGGACAUACCUGUCUUCCACCUGAAUGGACAGUUCAUGAUGAAACACAGAGUGGACAUCGUCCUGUUGGACAAACUGCUGCGGGAUGCCGAGACGCAGAGAACAUGAGGACAGUUUGUUUUCUGUUUGACUGAAAAUGAACAAUAAUUAAUAAAAAGAACAGAUCAAUAGA